AUGGAUGAUAAGUUCAAUGUUUCCCAUAUUACCCUGUCUGGACAUGUGGAAAUUAACAAAUACAGAUAUUUGUAUUUUUCUGUUUUGUUUACAGUAUAUAUGUUAAUAAUCUUAAUGAAUUGCAUUAUUGUGUACCUCAUCUGCGUUCACAAAGACCUCCAUGAGCCAAUGUACAUCUUCAUUGCAGCUUUGUUACUAAACUCUGUUCUUUACAGCACCACUGUUUACCCAAAACUCUUGAUUGACUUUUUAUCUAAAAAACAGAUUAUAUCAUAUUCAGCUUGUCUCUUUCAAUUUUUUACAUUAUAUUCGAUAGGUGCUUCUGAUUUUCUAAUCUUGACAGCCAUGGGUUAUGACAGAUAUGUGUCUAUAUGUAAACCUCUGAGAUAUACAAAUAUCAUGACAAAAACUACUGUAAAUAUUUUGCUGAUUCUGGCUUGGUUUUUACCUGCUUGCCAUAUGGCUGUUCUAGCAAUAGUGAGUGCUGAAGCUAAAUUAUGUAACUUAGAACUAAAGGGAAUGUUUUGUAACAAUGAAGUUUACACACUUCACUGUGUAAGAUCAAGAGUAAUUACGGUAUUUGGAGUACUUUGUUUAAUAAAUUUAGCAUUAUCUCCUAUGCUUUUCACAGUUUUUACAUAUACAAAGAUACUUGUCAUAUCUUAUCGAAGUUGUAAAGAAACCAGAAGAAAAGCAGCUGAGACCUGUUUACCGCAUCUGUUGGUUCUAGUAAACACAUUCUGGUUGCUCUCAUAUGAUGUAAUUAUAGCUCGAGUAGAAUCAGAAUUACCAAAAAGUGUACGUAUAAUAUUGACAUUACAAGCUAUUCUAUAUCAUCCUUUGUUUAACCCAGUCAUCUAUGGAUUUAAAAUGAAAAAAAUUUCUAAACAUCUAAAAAAGUUGUUCUGCUCAAGCAAAAUCUAA